AUGGCGGUCAUUUAUUACAAGUUCAGGUCCCAGCGAGACGAUCUGAUUUCCACCAUCAAGUUCGAUGGGACUGGACUCACAGUGUUUGAGCUCAAGCGCGAGAUCAUAUACGCAAACAAGCUCAUAAACUCUUCAGACACAGACAUUUUACUCUACCAUGUGGAGGACCCCGAAAACGAGUACGAGGACGACAACGAGGUUGUACAGCGUGCAUCCACCGUUUUGGUGAGAAGAACAUCAGGCGGAAAGAAAGGACGAGGCAAUGUCCUUCGAUAUAUGGCUGGAAAACCGCGGAUUGCCAAAGCACAGGCUCCUGUUUUGCCCACCCCAUCGGCCACCACUACGACGCAAGUUGCCGCCUCUGGAACAGAGGAGGACAUGGUCCGACAAAUGUUCAACCAACAGGAUGACCAGUGGAACCAGCAGCAGGCUGUGAUGGCUACAGCCCAGAGGGUGGAAAGUUCACGGCAGAACCUCAAACUUGACGAAAACAUCCCUGAAUACUACAUUUGCUACAAGUGUGGCGAGAAGGGAAAACAUCAUAUCAGAAAUUGUCCAAAGAACAACGAUCCGAACUGGGAUGGAAUCAGAAUCAAAAAGACCACCGGUAUUCCGAAAUCGUAUUUGAGAACCGUUGAUAACCCUACCGACAUAGUGAACGAGCCAAACCAGAACUACAUGGUGAACGAGGAGGGAAAGUACGUGGUUGCUGUUGCAGAUAAAAAGGCGUGGGAGAGAUACCAGACGAUCCAGCAGUCGAAACAGGUCGAUGACGAUAUCAAAGUGGAUGACCCCGAAUUAACAGACCCAAACACUGGAAAGAUUUGGAGAGACCCAGUGAGAACCAAGUGUUGCAACAAGUUAUAUUCGAAACCGUACAUCGAAGAUAUCCUUUUAGAAUCCGACUUCAAAUGUCCUAACUGCGGCCAGGAAGAUAUAUAUCUUGAUUCUUUGGAACCCGACAAGGAUUUACAGAAGAAAGUUGACGACUUUUUGGCCAAGAAUAAACGCAAGGCCGAGGGAGAAGACGACCCGGCUAAAAGACAGCACGUUGCGCCAAUGAUCCCGCCGAUCAUGCCAUUUAUGCCGUUUGCUAACCCGAUGGCAAUGCCUCUUAAUAAAAAAUGA